GCGGACGGGCCGCGGGUCCCCGGCGAUGGCGGCGCCAUGAGACUUCGCUGGAAGCGGGCGGCCGGCGGCCUGGUCCUCAUCUACUGCCUGUUCUCCCUUUAUGCCGCUUAUGUCGUAUUUUUCCAAGGGAGCAGGGAGUCAGGGGCUGCAGCGCGGGAGCGCAGGAGGGGCAGUGCACUUCCCCUGCAGAAUGAGGGACAGCAAGGGGAAUCGCAACACCUGCAACAAGACAAUGAGUGGAAUCCAUGGGAAGAGGAUGAGAAAAUGGAGAAUGAUUUACAGCACAGAGCUCAACUGCAGGGAUUUCAGAAGCAAAUUUUACAAAACCCACCCAGGAGAAAGGUGGUGCAAAUCUGGGGCAAAGCAGCAAUUGGGCUUUACCUCUGGCAGCAUAUUCUUGGUGGCCCACUUACGCCGAGUGAUGUGAUGGCUCAGUGGAGAGAAGGGGAGCUAAAGGCUGGUAAUUUAUAUUUUAGUUUCUACACUGGACCUGCUGUGGUUCCUGGACGUAUCUCACCAGACACAGAGAAUCUUGUGCUAGUGCUGAACGGCAGGGAGGAGGGGAAGGUCAAGUUUGCCACCCAGUGGCUGCACUACGUACAGACGCUGCACCAGAUGCACAAACUCAAGCACAUGGCUGUGGUCCUGCUCGGCAGCGAGGGGUGUGAGAAUGGCUGGAUCCAGCCCUACCUUAGAAAGCACGGAGGGUUUAUCGAUUUAUUAUUUCUGGUGUACGACAGCCCCUGGGUAGAUGAGGUGGAUGUUUUCCAGUGGCCACUGGGAGUGGCAACCUACAGGAACUUCCCCAUUAUGGAUCUCAACAAUCUAAUGUUGCACUCCUCAAGGCCAUACUUGUGCAACUUCCUCGGAACAGUCUACAAAGGCUCCUCCAGAGAAACCUUGCUGGACGUACUGAAACAGGAGAAACUUGGUGCCAUGUGUCUUAUCUCGGUUAGAGAACAAUGGCUACCGCAGGAAACAAAUGACAGUUUAAAGAAGUAUCAGGAUGCUUUGCUGCAAAGUGACCUCACCUUGUGCCCAGUGGGAAUAAACACCGAGUGUUACAGAAUUUAUGAAGCCUGUGCUUGUGGCUCUGUGCCAGUCAUUGAAGAUGUCAUGACACCGGGGCAGUGCGGCAACUCUUCAGUAUUCCAGAACGCUCCGCUACGGCUCCUGAAGUCCAUGGGCGCACCUUUUAUAUUUGUGACAGAUUGGGGAGAGUUGCCUGCCAUUUUAGAAAAAGAGAAGGCAAUGAGUCUCCAAGAAAAGAAUCAGAGGCGGAGAAUUGUCAUCGAGUGGUUUAAGCAAUUCAGAACUCAGCUGAAAAAGAAAUUUACCGACAUCCUUGAAAACAAGUUCUUUUAACAGCUAAUUCUCCGUCUCAAGGUAGCUCACUGCAUAUUUACUAUUAUAAAUUCAUUGCACUUUCAUUAUUGACAAUACUAAUACAAUUUUGAAAUAGAUUACUGUGAAAAAAAAAAAGCAUCUGCGCCUGAAAUUGAAUUACUAUUUUUCGGGAGUAGUGUUUUGCUGUUAUUUUCAUAUUUAUUUAAAGGUGGAACAUAAAUUCUAGACUCUGUAUCCAAAGGUCGGCCUUCAAUUUGGAACAAAAGCUCGCCUGUUUUCAGUUUUAAAGAUACAGUGCGGAAACAGGCGCUUUGGCCCACCGAGUCCAUGCUGCCCAGCGAUCCCCGUACACUAUCCUACACAAUAGGAACUAUUUACAAGUUUUACUGAAGCCAAACUGACCUACAAACCUGUACGUUUUUUGGAAUGUGGGAGGAAACUGGAGCGCCACGCGGUCACAUGGGAGAAUGUACAAACUCUGUACAUUUCAUAAGGCUGUUAAACACUACAAUCUCCAAAUAAUUUCUGAACUAUACAGACUUGGGGCAUUGAUUUUGUCUUUUUGUACUAUUUUUGUUUGUUUUAUGUUUUUGUGUGCGUAUAAACACGUACACACACACAGAUUUUUUUUUCAAGUUUAUUGCUUAUAGAGUACCAUGUUUACGUAUUCUGUUGUGCUGCUGCAAGUGACAAUUUCAAUGUUCUGUUUGGGACAUGACAAUAAAACACUCUUGACUCUUG